GUUGUUUUGGUGGUGCGGCUGCCGGGCUUCCUCCUUCUGGAGUCUAUACUUGGAACACUUAUUUCCGAAAGUGAGAACUUGUGUGGGUUACUACAGUUUGGUGUAGUUGGAUCCCAAGUCCUUGUAAGUACGUGCUUAAUACGCAACAUUAAGUCUUUCAUUUUUCGCAUCGAAAAAACUUCUUGAUGAAUCAAUUUUCUGCAUCUUAUUUAUUAACACGAUAAGCGGAUUUUGUUGAGAUCAUCUUGUUCUAUGUGAAGAGCUGUCGAGACGAUGCGGCAAGUAGUCUAUAAGGAGACUGGACGAGUCUAUAAGGAGACUCGCGGGAGUCUAAAUUUCAAAAAAACGAACCCGUUUCUCCACCCUCUCUACCUGCCGUCCACGAGGAGAAGUGUCACGACACUCGCUCACAAAAGCACACGGCCAGACGGCAUAACAUGUGGACUACUAGAUGUCGCAGAGCGCCGCAGAAGUCGACCAAGUACACCAGAUACAACUAUUAAGGGCUAUGCUAAUUUGCGUUUCAAAUAAGGUAAUUUGAGUAUCUUUUGUCAAAAAUUAUCUCAUGGAACUCCUCGUUGUGAGAGUGGACGCGACGUUUGUUGACCCUGCCGCCUCUAAUACAUCGAGCCGAACGCCUUCAAGUUAUGAACGAAAGAAACGACUUAUGGUUGUGAGCGUGGGGGCGAGCUACUUAAUUGAAUCCUUACGGUCGUCAGGAUUGAAAGGGCGGUGGCAUAUAGUCCUAACGCAAAAAAAAAAAAGAAUCCUUACGGUCGAGUGACGAUAAGGAACAGGGAAACACACAUGACAUUCCCGCUAAUUGAGGCCUCCAACAGCUACGAGAAGGCAUGAGGGCAGCCAGCGUGCGGCACCAUCCACGCUUCAACAGAGGCGAUCGAUUUUCGGUAGUGUAUCGGAUCCACCUGCUGACGAUGUCGAUGUGCUAUGCAUCGGAGCGGGGAUCAUGAGCUCAUCUGUAGCUCUCCUGCUGAAGCUCCUGGAACCUAGUUGGAAAAUUUAAGAACGAUAUCAGUCUAUCAUUCUACAUCUGGGUCACAACCUAAUACUUUAUAGAUCUUCAAACAAUUAGAAAUACUUGGAACAAGUCUCGAGUGUAGAAUAGCCUUGAUGUGGUAAAAACAAGGACAGAUAUGAUUAAAAAUUACUGUGCAUACCCGUCCAAGGACUGGGUAUAUCAUCAUCAAUAUUCAUACCUCACUCGUCUAACAACAAGGGUGUCCCGGUCGUUCACUUCUUUCUUGACUCCGGUAGAGUAGGCCAGAUUUCUUUUGUGUAGAUACAUGGUUGUACCCGCGAGGAAUUUCAUUCGAGUGAUAUGGUGUUCUACGUAGUCCCCAGUCGACGCACUAAUUCUAAUAUUAUAAGACGAAAGUAGGGCAACACCUCUAAUUGGUUUGGGUGCACAUCACUACUUCCGAUAAGCAUUCUAGUGCUACUUUUGAUAAGAAUUCUUCUAGUUUACCAAAUCGCUACGUCUGGAGGAAUUAUCAUCUUCUAAAGAAUAAAAAUCGUGGAGAGGCUGGAGGCCCCAGCCCUGGAAUCUUCGGAGGCCUACAAUAAUGCAGGCACCGGCCACUCCGCAUAUUGUGAGUUGAAUUAUACCCCAGAAGUCCAGAGGGAGACUGGGGCUGUUGACGUGGAUGUCUCCAAGGCCAUCGAGAUCUGCGAAAAAUUUCACGUAUUUAUCGUCUCGUACUUUGGAAACUAUGCAUAUUAUUCAUUAGUUACUGUGUUGACGAGUACUAGCCAAACUUUUUAGUCCUCUUCGAGAUAUAGUGUGUUACGCUUACGUAAUACUGGCCUCGGCUAUCAAUAUCAUUCUACUGGCAAGGCUAUUCCUUGUCCUUAACUAAUCGCAAAAGUGUAGAUUCUCAUCAUUAUUAGUUACUGAUCUCUACUAGUAAGUACUAACUACAACUCUACUAUCGCUCAUCUGCUGGCUACAACUGCAAAGCCCAACUUAACUCUAACUGCAAAGCCCAACUUGACUCUAACUGCAAAGCCCACCUUAACUUUAACUGCAAAGCCCGUCUCUUUUACCAGAAUGCACCUCCCCCACACCUGACUCUAACUGCAAAGCCCGUCUCUUUUACCAAAAUACAACAACUCCCACAGACCUCGAAACAGUGGUGGUCGUACUUGGUGAAGGAAAAGAUUCUUGAUAUCCCGGUAAAGUCCUGGAAUAACCCUACGGGUCAUAUGGCUUUUGUACACGGAGACAAGAAUGUCGAAUUUCUUAAGAAGUUACGAUGAAGUAGCAAUGACUGGAAACAAGUAUAAGUACUAUAGCUAUAUUAAUGAACCGCCCGAGGAUAAGUUAGCACUUGAAUACGAAUCCCGGUCACGAAGCGUCCCAACUCAUGAAAAUAUGACAUAUCUUCAUGACAACGAUACGAGGCGAUGAGGCGCGAGCCUCUAUUCAGCUCGAUGCAAUACAGCGACAAAGAGGAAAAAGUCGCCGAAUGUUAUGCCCUCACUUUCAACAAUUUCGGAAAAUAGUUUCAUGUUGGUAGAGGUCAAAGAAACCUUUCGCAUGGACCUGGUAUGUUCUUUGAGCUGAAUUAGCAGUACGGCGUCCCGAAGAAAGUCAAAUGACAUGUUGAUGUGGACCGUGUCCGAGUCGGGUUCUUUCCUUUCCACUACUCUAACUUUUGGCGCCACUAUUGCUGGAUGGAAGAGGAGUAGGGGAACCUUUGGCAGUUACGAUGAUGGAUUGCGGAACUGAUAACGAUUGGGGAAGCCUCACAGGAGGUAAGUGCAUCUAAGUACAUUUUUUAGGGGACUGAUUGAUAAUCUUUGGGAAAGCCUCGCCAGAGGUGACUUCUGGAAGUAGUAAAUCUUUUUUCCGUUUCAUGUACAUUUUUUGAUUCCACAUUGAUUUAGCACCGCUUUACUUGGUUCCAAUAUGUAUCAACGUAGGACUCAUUACGGAGCAGCCAUCUUUCCGUGAUAAUAUCCAGUACUACCGUAAUAGCAACGUACUGAAAUGAAAAGGAAACGGUGCCAUUGGAACCACUAGUACCUUACGACUCAAGCUGCUUUGGUUCCCAUAGCAAAGUUGUGCCAACGCACGUGACCUCUCGGACGUUCUGUGUCACUUUAUUAAACUACCAUCAAAUAUACUAAAACCAAAUGUUGGUUGCUUAAUUCGGGAGCUGUUUUGUUCAAACUUUGCAUCCACCGUAGCUCCCGAGCUAUACCUUCACUAACUGUCUCCUUUGACUCUGCUUGUUAGGUGGUUAAUAUGUGUUAGUCGUGUUGAGAAUAGCUUCUAGAGGCGGUCUAUAAAUUGGCUUAGAAGUUGGAGCUCCCUGUGUUGAUCAACGCUAGAAGCUUCAUCUGUCGGCCAGAAGACCUGAGUAUUCUCGUGCUCGUUUUUUGCUUCGUGCCACUCAUCUCUUGAUCUUUCUAGUUAGCUUGGAUAGAAAUUAGCGCUUGCAUAGAGAUUAUCCGAGUACAACAUGUUCAUAUUCGAUGUAUUUAGCACCUUUUAAUACCUGGCUACCCUAUCGAUUUGAGGAGCUAGUGACCGAGUCCUCAAGACUGAGGCCGGUUGCUGAUAUCUAUCUAGUGACCCAGGUGUGUACUCAGACGUCGACAGUCAUUAUACGCAUCAAGAUGAAGUGACUCGGGUGUCUAUCAGCAGUGCGAAGCGUGUGCGCAAGAUAUCUAUUUAGUGAUCGAGUCAAGACUGAGUCCGGUUGCUGUCGUCUGAGUAGACAUCAGGGUCACUGAUCGGGGAGGGUGCUUUAGCUCUACAUUGAUCUAUGUCUAUUGUAAUGUUCACCUAUCUAAUAGAUAUUUUGUUCAUGGCUAUAUUUGUAGUCUGUUUUGGAUCUAGUCAUCGCAUUUCCGUACCUUGACCUAUACAAGACCACGAUUAGUCAAGAGUAAGUAUUAUACUUCUCAUACUAGUAUCUGAUAAUCCACCAAGUUCAAGCACGAUUACAGAAUUCGUUAUGGUUCUAAUUUAAUAUUUUUAGAACUCUAAAUUAGAAAAACUAGCGUAUCUCUUCAUUUUACCCUCACAGGUUUAACGUCUGCUUUUCUUCGUGCUGGUGGGCAGCUAGAAACCAAUACAGAGGCGCAGACACUAACAAAAAACUUGGACGGCACCUGGACAGUCAAUUGCAGGAGCACAGUGACUAAGGCCAUCGCGAAGACAGGCCAUUUUGUUUCGAGCUAGUCAUACUAAUUCUUACAGCCAGGAGAUUGGAUCUAUAUUUAGAUAGAUGUUGCUCACCGAAAAGCAGCUCUCGAGCUUCCGUGUAAUGCUAGAAGUGCGACUAGUAUCGUCGCAUUUUUCCUCUCGCUCUACGAGGCUCUUAGACUACGUACGUAACCCGUGAAGGCCAGCCCCUUCUCUGCAUUACCUGGCAAGACAACCACAGACAAGCCAGGAUUUGACUAAAGGCCCAGGCACUCGAGAAACUUGCGUAGGGAUUAGCAGCCAAAGUAGCUUCGUUCUCCAUCGCUUCAGCUCUAACCUAAGUGGAAUGUCGGCGACCGGCCUGCCGGACCCCUUCGGCUUAGGGGCCAGAGAGCAGAACACAACCCGAGCGAAGUUUGUCUAUAUCGGCGCAGGUAGAGUGUGUAUACAGUUAUAGUGCACCGUCUGCGGCCGCUGCGCGCUCACAUAACGUAUUCACAAUGGCCCACCGCCUCGGUGAGAUCCCCCGCGCAGAGUGCUACCAUAUCCUGCAUCGCCAUCCAAUUCCCAACAUCGGAGGGGGGCCGACGUAGAUCGUCGCACAUUUUCGGGUGCUAGGGGCGAUAAGUGAAACCUUGCCCCACGCGAUCGCUGGGCGCAUCAAGUCAAUCAGGCCAAGGCCUGAGGAGCGAAGCAACCCCGAGAAGAAAUUAUCUGAGAACCUGCACGGGGCGCGCGGGGCUUGCCUUGGUCAAGGAUAUGAACGACAAAGGCCCCGGCCCGUUCUGGCUAUGAGUAUAGCUGGCAGAGGCCCGGCCGCCGACUCCAAAUUCUAUUAUCCUGAUUUUAGAGCGACGGCGCCGCACAAAACAAAACAAAAGAGGCGCAGGCACAGCGAGCGGGGGCAUGGGGUGUGCCACUGCGUGACGGGGAAAGCAGGCAAGCAGGCCCGUCGAAACCUGGGGCCACUCACUGCACGCACCAGUGAGGGCGCCCCCGCGGUGUGAAAGGGGUAGCGAGCUCGGGGAAGAAUAUGAGAGGAGGGUGCUCGCGUGCCGCGAGGGUCUGGCGGAUUGUUUCGCCCCGCGCCACCGGGCCGCCUGCCUUCGCCUGCGCUGUCGGGUGGGGGGUGGUUGCGCUGCGGGGCUUCUGUGUGUGCAUGUGGGGGCCGCGCGGCUUGGCCUCGAUGUGGUGGCUUUCUGCGUAGGGUCGUCGGUGUCGCGUCUGGGGUGAAGGAGGUGGCGGGGGCGGGUCUGCCGCCGCGCCGCGGCUCUGCGUGGAGUUAGCUUGCUGCAGGCGCAGCAGUAGCAAGCGCAAAAUCUGCAUGACAUGCAGCGAAGGACGAGGGCGAGAAAGAUAAUAGAAAGAGGGAGGGGCGAGGAAUGAGAAAAGGGGCAGGCGGCGCCGCAGGGGCGCGGGCAGUGGGCGCCGCCGCCCCCUCGGCUCGUUCGGGGGGUGAAAAAGCGGGCGCAGGCGUGCCGGCGUUUGUGGUCUGGGUGAGGGGCUGGCGGUGCUUCGUGGCGCUGGUCUGGGGGGUCCGCGGGGAGGAGGGUGGCGGCCCCGCGUUGUUUAUCGUCCGCUUGUGGAGUCGAGCUUGAGCGCCGCAGAGUCUGCCAGGGCAGGAGCUUGGGGCCCGGCUAGUGGAGGAGGUUCGGGAGCUUGCAGCACCCAGGGGGUGUGGCUCAGGCUUAGAGAAACUGCAGAGAGGCUGGUAGGUGCCUACAGUCGUUGUGCUCGUGUGCUUUCUUGGACAGUUUAGCCACCCCGCCCAGAAGUCGGCGCAUGAGUCCCACGACUAUUGUUUAUUGCGAUUCUGCUUGUUAUUGCAAUUCACUCUUUGAUCGCUGUACGUAGCUAGCUGUUCUUGUUGUGCAAAAUUUGCAGGUGGUGCCUCGAUUCAGUUGCUGCAGAAGAGUGGUAUUCCUGAAAUCAAGGGGUAUGGCGGGUUCCCAAUUAGUGGGCAGUUCUUCGUUUGCCGGAAUCCCAGCGUAGUUAUGACAUAAUCUCUCAAAACUCCACACUGAUGGAGGAUACAACUCCUUGUUUUUCCCACCAGCAUGUUCUUCACCACGGCAGCUUGCCUUGAUGUUAGAAGGUGGGCAAGCAUUUCGCUUCCCUCUUCAUGUAUUCGUUCAUUGUAUGGUUUGAACAUGCUUUUCCUUCUGUCGCUGAUUCCUCUAACAUUGUGCAGCGUCAUACAGUAAAAGCGUACGGGAAGGCGAGUGUGGGUGCGCCUCCGAUGAGCGUUCCGCAUCUAGACAGGAGAUACAUUCGAGGUGAGGAGCUCCUCCUCUUCGGACCUUUUGUUAAGAAUUUUCCAGUUGAUGGUUCUCACUAGAGGUCCAGAAUGAGCACUCUGACUCUGAGUAACGUUUCUGAUGUGAGUACCUGAGAUUAAGUGAGCCCAGAAUGAUUAUGCCCCUGCUUUUCUAUCGAGUUGAAUUUGACCUUUUAUCGAUUUUAUUUUUUAUUUGAGCCGUAGUUAUCCAGACGAAACGCUCAUAGUUUCGUCAGGAUUGCUGGUGCACAACUAAAACUAAUCUGAAUGCAGGGACAUAUCGAUAACGGUGAUGACAGAUCAAUAACAGUUUUCGAUUUAGUAGGUUCAAAAUUUGUACAUUCAAGUUCAACGACGCUCUCCUCUAACGUGCCUGGUUUCUCGCCAAACUUCCUGAAGCGCGGCUCUCCGCUUGACCUACUCAGCAGUGUGAACCCAUUCAACGUACUAUCAGUGUUUUUCUGGUUAAAUAAGUACUCGCACUAUCAGAGCUUAUCUCUGCGUGUACUAGAUGAAACAGUACUAAUAUCAGGAAUACACACAUGACAAGGCAAGUCUUGUUUGAAAGCGGUGUAUUAGACUCUCUACAACUAGUGCUAUGCCAACCGGGAUCCGCAACCCUAAUAUACUGCUCUGUAAUAUAUCACUUCGCGCUCUUUCUUCUAGGUCUUCUUUUGCCCAACGUCGAGGCACUAGGCUCUGCCUAUUCCAUCACACUGCUGAGGACUACUAGUUCAAAAGAAUCAUACAGAUGAAGUGUUCUUGCAAUCAUUGUUCUGUGUUUCAAAAUUUAGGAAUUCUAGAACAGGAUCUCGCAAGAUUUAUCCAUUCUAGAAGUAGCUCUCCCCAUGAUGUUCUUGCACUCAAUGCUCCAUCCCCCCAACAUGAUGAUUCUCAGUUAAUCCCGAUGGCUGCAGCGGGUGGCCAGAAUAUCGAUCUCAGUGUUUACCUUGCGAAGGAGCUUGCAGCCACCAAGGAAGAACGAAUGGGGUCUUUGAUAUGGCAGGCUUUCUUAGAUUAACUACUCACGACAUUCACACACAUGAAUUUACUUAGACUAAUUCAAACUACAGCACUCACUUCACAUGAGGCUCGCUUAGACUACUUAUAAUUUAUAUUUAAAUUACAUUCACAUGAAUUUCCACUCACAUGAACUACGCACUCUCUAAUGUCCCGAGAAUUCUAUCCGGCAGCAAGAUCAGAGGACUGGGAACAGAUCACAGCGGGGCAGAGGGUACUAGUUACCAUUUUUAUGUGUGUGUGUGUAUACAUAUGACUUCAUAGACAUACUUACCCUUACACAGCAGGGUCGAUAUUACUUCUAGCGAUUUUUCGUCCUCUAGCUCUGUAUUAUGUAAUAGUUAUUGUCUCAAAACAUAGUACAUUAAUUAUCAUUUUUACACUGAAACAUAGUACAUCUAAAUGACACGUGGUUCUUACGAGUUCUACCAUCAUCGAGGCAACCACAGUGAAUAGCACACGAGGAUGAUGAUGUACAUAUCAAGCGGUUGACAUGUAGAAGAGACGUCUUGAUCCCAAGUUACAAACUAGAAAUUGUGCCACCUAUUUUUUACAUUGUGAAGCUGGUCAUCGUCAUGCCCGUUUUCAGGUUCUUUCUCUAAAUGACACGUGGUUCUUUGCAGGCCUAUUACCUCCGUCAUCAAGGAAACCGUCAUGUAUUAAAUGUAAUAUUAUUGUCUUUUCAAAAUGAAAAAUGCACUACUACAGGUUCAGAUUAUGAAGGAGCACCCGUCCAAAUAUGGGGUAAUCCAGUUCGGAACCGAGAUCAUCCAAGCCGGAGACGGUACACUAUCCGGCCUCAUGGGGGCCUCACCUGGCGCGAGCGUGAGCGUGCAAGUCGCUCUAGAUGUAGUGGAGAAGGCCUUUGUUAUGGACAAUGUCUAGUACAACUGCUAGUAUUACUCGAAAACUGUAAAUAAGCGGAAGCACAAUGUCUCUAAUAGUUUACAACUAACAGGGGUACAUUUGGAGAAUACGAACAAUGUCUAGUACAACUGUACUAGUUGUAGUACUUAUUUUGGAGAAUAAGCACAAUGCCUGUAAUAGUUUACAAGUAACUAGUAGGACUAUUAGUAGGUGAUGUACGUAAUGUCUAGUAGGUGACGUGAUGUACAACUAAAUUGAUGUAACUAUGAAUGUGUAAGUAUGCAGAAGCUGUGGGAGAUGGUAAUGGGAACAACAAGAACAUGAUCCAAAUCCUCUUUAAAGCUGAUCAGAGAGAGUCACCAUGAGCACUCCUUUACUUUGAAGCUGGGCAAUAAUUGGUUGCUCAUCUGGUUUGUAGUAACUUACAACUAGUCGUAUUUACAGUGAAUGACUAAAGUUAUUUCCUCGUCUUUUUAUUUAUGUUUUCCAUGCUUGGCUAGUCUUUCUUACUUUGUCGUCGUUUUUCUAGUGACUUACAUGUUGGUGGAGGAGAAGAUGGAGGAAGAGAGAUGAGAAUGAAAAUAUGAGGAGAGUAGUCAACACGAGUCUCGAUUAAGCCCUGUCUCUAACAUGUGGCAACUAGCAGCAGGCAAGUGGAAGGGCAAGCUGGAGGCGAUGGUGCCAGGAUUUAAGAAGGACCUAAAUUUGGACAAAGACCUCUACGAGAAAAUCGUGCUUGGACCCGGAGGCACUCAUGAGACCUUAGGAAUUCGAAAUUAAUCCAGAGAAGACGAACGAAGAAAAUAAAAAUGAGCGAUCGCCAGCGGCGCUAAAGUUAUUAUAUUUUUUUGACAGGGCCACGACAGCGCCGGCGCUUAACUAGUAGUAGAAAAAUUCUUGCCUAACCUUUCUUUUUUCGGUUUUUGUUUUUUCUAGUUAGAUAUGCUCCACCAGCGUUAUCAUAGGGAGAAGAUUGAUGAUGACUGAUACUGAAGCACCUAGAAGUGAUCUCACGCGUUGACUUAAUCAAGUGAGCGACCCGAUUCACAUACGCGUCAAUCAUGAUCACAGCCGGAGCUUUUAACGUCAUCGUAUGGAUGCCGCUAGAGUUGUAAGACUUGAAAAAACUCUUUCUCUUGCUGAGCCAAUGGUAGGCCGUUCAUUUCCAAUUACGUAGUUGAUCGUAAUAAUUGUUCUUACUGUUACUUUCUUACGAGUCCCAGCUAUUCUUGCUAUCGUUACAUUGAAUCAUCCUUAUGCCUAUUGAAGAGCCGAUCAUUACCAAAAUAAAAACCACCACAUCAUGUUGGUACAAACACAACACAAACACAUGUCCUUGAGGAGACAACUUAGAAAAUUGACCUUGUGAUGUCCAUUCAUUCCCUAUGACUAAGUAAGAGUAACUCUGUAACUCUGACAAGAAGACAACCACUUCUGCGAGAGAAAGAAGAUAACCACUCGAGGAGACCAACCUACACAUAAAGAUACCACUCUGUACCACCAAGAAUACCACCAGUGGCAGAGAAGGGCCACCAGAGAUGCCAUGAUGAUGAAGCAGGGGGCCUCUCUCCCAUUAUUCGUUCUGCAUGGAACGAAGACAGAAACACCU